UAUUUAGGACCAUCUGUUGGCUGUCAAAGCUCAUUCGCUCCUGUCAGAUUCUGUCCGGACACUGAGCCGCUGCAUCGGGACAACCAUGCAAGCCUUUAGACGCAACCGGGAGGAGUGGGUCCGGAUGUCGCAGCGCACGCCGGGCAUCCUGAUCUUUGGUAUGGUCAUGGCUCCGUGCGGAUGGAUCCUGGACCUUACCGCCACCGUGGCGCCAAACUGGAGAACCCUCCACCAGCUCCCAGGCAGACCGACGGACGCCGUGAUGCAGCAGGGCAUCUGGGACAUCUGCUUGGUCACUGAGACCAGCAGCAGUGCCACCAGCACCAACAGACCGUGCGGCCAGGCGGACUCCACGUACUUCGGAAAUCAGAUCAUUGGGAUCGCGCAGGGCAUGAUGGUGGCCUCGCUUAUAGUGACUCUGAUCGGUCUGGCCGUGGCGAUCCCGGGGGUGCGCUGCUGGAGAGAAAACCCCAACUGGUUGGUGGCGGGCCUGGCGGGGCUCCUCAUUUUCUGCUCCGGGGUUCUGACCAUCAUCCCCAUCGCCUGGUACAACCACAUUUUCAAGAACCUAACUUCGGUCACCACCUCCACAGACAUCCGGGUGGGCUACAGCAUCGUGCUGGGCUACAUCGGGGGCAUCUUUGAAGUCCUGGGGGGCAUCGUCAUGUUCAUCGGCAUAUGCCGCUGCUGCGGAGGGAAGAACCGGGGCGAGAGGCGCCUCAAAGACGUGGUGCCCCGUCCCAACCGGCGCAGCGACCAGCAGAGCGAGCCGGAGAGGCGCGUGGACGUGCCGAGGCUCAGCCGACCCCGGAGCACCUCGCCCAGCAGCGUCGCCUACACCAACAGGUCAAUGGAGGCGGAGGAGGAUGAUGUGUCCUUCCCCAGGGCCAAGAGCCCCGCUGCGCGCUCAGGAAACACUUCCUUCAACGGCAAACCCUAUGACGCGGAUCUAUGAGGGUCCUCCAAAGACGCACAGAACUUUACGCAAAAGAAGGAAGUCCAAAAGCCUCACUGCCACAAUUAUUAAUAAAUGACUGUUUAAGUAUUUUCCUUCUAACAACAGAUUACACACUAAAAUCCUGAAUUCUUGUGCCCAGUGUGUUUGAUUAUUAACUAUUAAUUUCCGUUUAAAGUAUAAAAAUAGGUUUAACAGACAACAGGUGAAUGUGUGAGAGCAAAUAUUGUGACAUUUGUAGGAAAUAAAAGUGUUUUUUUUUCACUACUCUUUUGGCAGUAUACUUCUUUUUUUGUAAUAACGGAACUCCUUAAAUGUUUUACUUUUCCCUCUUUUUGAAUGUACAGACAGUGUUCUUAUGCACUUUAGAGUUUUAAGUCAACAACUAGAUCCCUGCUGAAAGAUGCUUUCCUAAGUGAUCAAGGUUUCACUCUCUGCUAUGUGAACAAACCUAAUAAAUGGUUUACAAAGCACAGUGCGUUAUUGAGUUUAAUAUCUAAAGAAACUGUGCCAAACUGGAACUUUAUCUGGCUUUGUUAAAUCAUCGUUGUUAUUGAUUUAUUUUGAAUGUUUCCAUUGUCUGGUGGGAAGAAUGACUCCAUAUUGUCAACCCAUACAGGAGAGUAGAGUUUAGGACUUUGAGGUCUAGUUUACAAGCUCAAUUUGGGGGGGGGGGGCUUCAAACCUAGAGAAUUGUUGCAUUACGUACUUGGUAAUAUCAAUGCUUGUUUCUUUCACCUACCCUCUUUGGUAAACCUCCUAAGUAUACAGAAAUGUGGUCUGUCCGGUUUGGGAGGUUAUGUUGUGUCUGCAUCCUGCCCUUCAACAUUACUCUCCCUAAACAUCUAAAGACAUGAAGAAUUCUAACUUGUUAGUCUGUAACGGCAGUCUUCCUGAAAAUGCGGUUUCCCUUCAGUACCUGUUAAACACCAGUAAGGCACUUUUGAACAGCUGUUAAGGCUCAAACUUUUGAGGAUACAACCUUUAUUUAUACCAAAA